GUUUCUGCAGUCUGGUCCAGAUUCAGCUGCCGAGCCGCGUUCAACACACACUCAUUGUACACAAACGGAGAAAGGCAGCUCGCAGCAUCGAUCGUGGCUCCUUUAAGAAAAACUAAGCCAGAAUUAUCAGCCCACCUCCUCUUGAUCUCAUUUAGAAGCUAUUGCAUAAAAAAUCAACUCAGGAGCCGAGAGUGAUCAAAGAAACGAGAGAGAGCUUCAUUUUUGAGCAUUUGAGUAGUAUUCUCGUUAGGGGUGCUAACCAGUGGAAGCGCGCAGAGGAUCAUCAUUCAUUCAGCACUUUGACAAGCUCGCGUUUGAUUGAUUGACAGCCGGAGUGGCAAAAAGCCAUGAGAUGCGCUAGUUUUGUUUGAGGGGCUGUUUUCAUACUGCUUUGGAAAAGAAGAUUUCGCUCGAUCCUUGUCGCUGUCCAGGGGAAAGAAAGCGAAGGGGACUUAUCGCCGAACGCGCCUGGCUGAACUUGUGGUGAAGGACUGGCUUCAUCGCUCGCUUGAAAGAGGCGUUUGGAUUUUUUUUAGGGGGAAAACAUAUCCCGCAUUUGGAAUUUGCGUGUUUAUUUCCCAUUCACCCUGGCCUGAUAGGGGAUAUAUUUUUGAUUAAAGGAAGACGAGGGAGUGUGGAGGGCGAUGGCGCAGAGGUACGAAGAUAUACCCCACUAUGGGAUGGACGGAGUAGGAAUCCCGAGCACGAUGUACGGGGACCCGCACGCUGCCAGAUCCAUGCAGGCUGUUCACCUGAACCACGGGCCCCAGCUCCACUCCCACCAGUACCCGCACACAGCCCACACCAACGCCAUGCCGCCCAGCAUGGGCUCAUCCGUCAAUGACGCUCUAAAAAGAGAUAAAGACUCCAUUUACGGGCACCCUCUGUUCCCACUUCUAGCACUGAUUUUUGAGAAAUGUGAAUUAGCCACUUGCACACCUAGAGAGCCCGGUGUGGCUGGAGGCGAUGUGUGUUCAUCAGAGUCUUUCAAUGAAGAUAUAGCAGUGUUCGCAAAACAGAUUCGAGCAGAAAAGCCGCUAUUUUCAUCAAACCCUGAGCUGGAUAAUUUGAUGAUACAAGCCAUUCAAGUUUUACGGUUUCAUCUUUUGGAGCUCGAAAAGGUACAUGAACUUUGUGACAAUUUCUGUCAUCGGUACAUCAGCUGUUUGAAGGGAAAGAUGCCCAUCGACUUGGUUAUAGACGACAGAGAAGGAGGAUCAAAAUCAGACAGUGAAGAAAUUACAAGAUCAUCGGGGCCCCUUGAUCAGACCUCAUGGAACAGAGACCAUGAUGAUACAGCUUCUACACGCUCCGGGGGCACACCGGGACCAUCCAGCGGAGGACACACAUCGCACAGCGGGGACAACAGCAGCGAACAAGGUGACGGGCUGGACAACAGUGUGGCAUCACCCAGCACAGGAGAUGACGACGACCCCGACAAGGAGAAGAAGAGGAAUAAAAAGCGGGGUAUCUUCCCUAAAGUGGCGACCAACAUUAUGAGGGCAUGGCUUUUCCAGCACUUGACGCACCCCUACCCUUCAGAAGAACAGAAAAAGCAACUGGCACAAGACACCGGACUCACUAUACUACAAGUGAACAACUGGUUCAUUAACGCAAGAAGAAGAAUAGUGCAGCCCAUGAUCGACCAGUCCAACCGAGCAGUAAGUCAAGGAGCUCCCUACAACCCAGAUGGUCAACCCAUGGGAGGCUUCGUGAUGGACGGCCAGCAGCACAUGGGAAUCAGACCACCUGGACUACAAGGCAUGCCAGGGGAUUACCUGUCACACAGUGGCCCAGUGGGUAUGGCUAUGGGGCAACCAGGCUACAGCGCCUCCCAGAUGCCCCACCACCCUGCUCAGUUGCGGCACGGCCCUCCCAUGCGUUCCUACAUCCCUGGACACCCCCACCACCCAGCGAUGUUAAUGCACGGAGGACCGCCACACCCUGCCAUGCCCAUGUCAGCCUCUAGCCCCCCUAUGUUCAAUCCAGGAGACCCUAACAUGGGAGGACAAUUCAUGGACAUCCAUGCCCAGUAAUUUACUAAAACGGAUUCUUUAAAUGACUGUGAUGGACAGAUGAGGAGCUGCGAUUGGUUUUUCUGGGGCUUGUGAAGCACCGAUUACAUACUGACUUGCUACAGAGACUGAGGAGCUUGCAUCUUGGCUAUAGUUUCGGACCAAGAAAGAAGCAGAUUUCUGUAUACUAUGGGACACUUUAAAAGGAGGUGCCCUUUGCUUAGACACAAAAAAGAAAGAGAGAGAGAGAGAGAGAGCAAGAGAGAAAGAUUGAAUUUAUUACUAUAUCAGCCUCUAAAGGGGAGGGAUGAGGACAUACUGUAUACUGUUGUAAAAUUGCAUUGGACUUUCAUAAGAACUGGGAAAAAAGUAUUGUAAAUGCUAUCGUAUUGUUCUGCAUAUUAUGCUGUUUCUAAUAGAUUUUUUUUUUAAAAAGGAUGUGAACUUUUUUUCUUUCCACACUAUGUGUGUGCCAUCUCCAUAGACUUUUGGCCUCCUCCAUAAAUCACUUUGCGUUUAAACGAGAAAAAAAAUAUAUGUGAAUAAAUCAAUAAUUCAUUGAA